GCCGUUGCAAGAGAAAAAUAUUUGAAUUAUGCAAUUUUUUGUCUCUGCCGAUGCAUGUCACCCAAAAUGAGUUCGCGUGUCACCUCUGACAUACGUGUCAGAGGUUCGCCAUCACUGGCAUAGCCCAUGAUCGCAGCCCAUGGGAGAGAAAAAGUGAAAGAGACAGAACCAUUGAAUCUAUGGAGCCUGAACCCAAAACCUGGGAUGUGCCCAAACAGGGAACCGAACACGCGACCCUCCGUGACCCCUCGGCACCCAGGCCCGGGCAGGGUCUGCAUUUCUGGGGCCUUCAGACCCUUCAGACCCGUGCUAAGCAGCUCACCAGCCAACACACCCUAUGCGGCCCCAGGCGUUUCUCUCCAGGAAACAAUGUCUGAGCGGAUUAUUGAAAACGGAUCAACCCUGGUCUCUAACCAAUCACAGCGCGGGGCGGGAACAAGAAGUGAUGCCCAGAGCGGGUAUAUAAACAGGCGGGUGUCAGCGCCUGGCACAGCGUUUGCCAGUCCGGGCUGCAGGAGCUGCGAGUGAAGGCGCUGCGGAAGCGAGCUGUGGCCUGUUACCGAGGCCGUCCCUUCGGUCCUCACCAUCAGGAGCUCACUUCAGGCCCGGUUUGCCCAGUCCCAUUGGAGACGUUUCCCGGGAAUAUGGCUACAGACCAGGCCUUUUCCGAUGGUCAUGGUCACCCCCAGGGCAACCUGUGCUGGCAGCUGCUACCGGCCGAACCGCCCCAGGGAAACCUCACUGAAGAAGAGCACCGGGACUCUGAGAAGGGGCAUGUGCUCUUCAGAGCCUUCCAACACUCGGAGGACACCGACCCCCUCCAGAGCGUGCACACAAUGUCUGCGCUCCUCCAUCGCUGGCUCAGGCCGGAUGUGCUCACCAAGAAGCAGAUCUUGGAUAAGCUUCUGCUGGAGAAGUUCAUGAUCUGCAUGCCCCUGGAGCUGCAGGUCUUGGUGAAGGAGAGGCGCGUGCAGAGCUGCGAGGAACUGAAGGUCUUGCUGAGAAAUCAGGAGAAACCCAGGAAUUGGAAGGUCAUCACCUUGCAAGGGCAAAAGUACCUUCAGGAGAAUUCCGAUGUCCAGAUGGCUGAUGAGGAAGUUGGUGACACAGACAACGUGUUGGACUUGUCCAUAAAGUCCCAAUCCCCCAUAAGUCAGAUGGGGGUACAUCCUGAGAACAGCCAGGAGGACAGUGGAGAGCCAGGGAACCAGCCAGGAACCAGUGACAUGGUGUGGGGACAGGGGAAGAAUGUCUUCCUGCCAGAGAUGAUUCCCACGAAAAGUGAUCUGGAGGGUGUGAGGCCCACGGAGAAUUUGGUGAAUUUUGAGAAGGAUGUGAUGGAAGACAGGGUAGAGGCAGCAGUACUCACAUCUCCAAAGCUUCCGCUUCCCAGCAGUCCUAGAGAUUCGGUGCAGACAGAGGGGGAGCAGAACCCGCAGGAAGGAACUGGCCUGGAGCGUGUGGAUGCCUGUGACAUACCUCCCACCCACAUUCCGGAGACACAGGCUUUGAGUCAGCCUCCAAAGAGAAGAGGCUCUGGGAAUUUAGGAGGUGCCCCCAAGAGAAAAAGGGGCAACACUCCCACCCUCCAAGAGGAGCCUCAAGAAGGAGCCGUGUCGUUGGACAGAGGAGAAGUCACCAGACGGCACCGGUGCAAUUCAGUGGGUGCAUCAAGCACCGUGGAGCAAACUGGCCACCCUGUUGGGAAAGAACACAGGAGAAAGAUACCAUAUGAGUGUCAAGACUGUAGCAAAAGGUUCAGCUACAAAUCACAGUUAGAACUUCACCUGAGGACACACAUAGGAGAGAGACCUUUCCAGUGCCUUGACUGUCCCAAGGGGUUCAUUCAGGCCUCGGACCUCCACAUCCACCAGCGGAUCCACACGGGGAGAAGCCGUUCUGCUGUAAAGUCUGCCAGAAGAGGUUCACUCACGAGUCCAUGCUGCGUGGCCACCAGCGGGUCCACACCCAGGAGAAGCCUUACCAGUGCGCCGUCUGCCAGAAAAGGUUCGGCCACCGCGGGAACCUCAACGUCCACAUGCGCACCCACUAGGGCCUGAGACCCUACCAGUGUCCCCAUUGCCACCUGGCCUUCUGCCAACUGGGGACAUUUAAAGGCCACCAAAGGACACAUGUCAAGGAGGCGCCCCAGGGGCCCCAGGUCCCUUCUGACCAAGAAGGAAACUAACGGGUCUCUCCCUCUCCCUUCCUCUCUGAAAUCAAUAAAAAAAUAUAUUUUAAAAAACA